AUGCAGAGGGUGACCUCUAUGCUGCCCUCGUGGGACAAGACCAAGACCGGUAGUAAGAAGGGAUUCGACAAAGCCUGGGGAUGGGCAGACAAGCUCGGAGCCCCCAUCAACAAGUUCUCGAAUAAGAUCGGAUCAGAGGCCUUUUGGCCCACGACGCUUGAUAUAGAAUCUGAUAAGGCGGCUAGAAUCCUUAGGUCUUUCUGUAAGGAUGGUUUCUACGCAGAGCCGGACCAACCUGGGGCCGUCGGUGUGCCCAAAGGCAAACAACGGGUUCCCCUGAAGAUACCACAGAAAGUCAUACAAAAUGCUGUCGGCCUGGCGAUCUUCACUACGAUGCGAACGGGGUUAUGGAUCUCUGGCGCGGGGGGUUCUGGAGUUCUAAUCGGAAGGCAGGCGGAUGGAGAAUGGUCGCCGCCUUCGGGGAUAAUGCUGCAUACUGCGGGCCUCGGAUUCCUCGUUGGGGUCGAUAUCUACGAUUGCGUUUUGGUUAUAAACAAUCGCAAGGCGCUUGAGUCUUUCACCAAGAUCCGAGCAACAAUUGGGGGCGAGAUCAGCGCGGUUGCGGGACCUGUGGGGGCUGGCGGGAUCUUAGAAAACGACGGGAAAUGGAAACAAGCCAACCGGCCUGUUUUCACUUAUAUGAAGUCGAGAGGAUUUUAUGCCGGAGUCCAGGUGGAUGGAACGGUCAUAAUAGAGCGUACCGACGAAAACGAGCGGUUUUACGGCGAGCGAAUUGGAGCUACAGAUAUUAUCGCCGGCAAAGCUCGCCAUCCGCCAUACGAGAUCAAGAAGCUUAUGGAGACUGUGAAAGCAGCAGAAGGUCGAACCGAUGUUGACAAGGACAUAUUGGAAGAUUUAGAAUACCAACCUGCUCCUGGGGAUGUUGACAUAGUAUCACCUGCAAUGGCAAGCGGACCGACGUUUGGAGUGCCAGAGCCUCACGAUCCAGAUCCGUUCGGCGUUCUUGCGCUAGAAAAGGCAGGAUUGGAAAUCCGGGAAGCUGGCACAAAAAGUCGACCCCCUAGCUCUCAGUUCGAAUACAAUCCAAGUCCAACAAGUCCCGUAUUCGCGAAAUUUAAUCGCCGAAGUAUCGAUGGAACCAGUAAUAGAGCGAGCUACAUGUCUGGCCGGAGCGUCCGCACCACCACGAGUACCGAUCGAUAUGUCCAGAUGUCGGAAGCAGGCACCCAGACGGAUGAACUCCUUACUCCGAACACGAGUCCAAGUCACAGUGACGAGGACAAGAGGAUUGUCAAAGAGGAUGAGCCUGUUGCGGUUGAAGCUCCAGAAGUCGAUUAUACGAAGAUUGACCUCGGGCCCUUCAACCAUUUGAAUCGCAGCCAGGACUUUGAUGGUACUACCAUAAACGACAGUCCACGCGAGCAGUAUGGCAGCGAACACAUUUCUAUUUCCGUUCAUUCUUCCUCCGUCUCAGACGAUGAGGAUGAGGAUGACGAGGACGAGGACGAGGACGAGGAGCCUGUCAUUUUUGAAGCUGCUUCUGCCCAAGCAACUGUGUUGACACCACAAUCAAUCAAAGCAAGAGGCGGACUAAUCACUAUCAAGCGGCCAGCCCCACCGCCUUUACCGCCGAGGAGCAUUGCCAGAAGGAGUAGGUUGCCGAUGAUAGACCACUCAGCUGGCCCAAGUCCACUGAAAUCGGAAUUUGAGGAAGUCGACCUGUAUGGGGCAGAUAGGAAGAACGUGGAUCAAGAGAGGGAUAUUGUACCGGAGGGUUUGGCGGGACCCGAUGACGCCCCAAGUGUGCCAAAAGAUCAAGCCGUUGACGAAAAGGGGGAGAAUACGCCGAAAGAGAGCGACAGCAAUAAGUCUAUUUCAGAUACUGGCAGCCCAGCCGCGAUGGAUGACCUAGAAAAACUCCAGACCGCCCAGGUUGUGCUAGAUGCCCCAGUCGCUGGAGAGAAGGUGGACGAUGGCCAUCUGGACGCAUCGUCUGCGAAGAUCUCACCAAUCAUCACGAACGCUCUUUCUGAGGACGUCCCCACCCACAACUCUCCUGAUCAUAGCCUCGAACUUGCCACCCCAGAUAACAAGCCGGCAGAUGUUCCCCAACAGGAGAGCCUCCAAACAACACAGCAAGCCGGAACAUCUGAAUCGAAGAGUGACCUCUCCGAGACGGAUGACUUCCAUAGCGUUCCCACCACACCGGCUGAAGUUAAGUAA